ACCAUAACACGAACUCUACGACCAGUUUCACUUGAUUAUUUUUCAUAUUAAAAAACUGUUUAACAUAUUAUAAUUUUGAUUUCAGUAUAAAUAAUUUUGUUGUACCUAUACAGUUUAAACAAAGUAGUUUCGGCAACAUUUAAAAAAAGCAUAUCUACUAAAUCACAAUCUCCACAAUAUUAUAGUAUUGUAUAUGAUGAAGAUGAAUAUUGAGCAGAGGGGCCCGGCGAUGUCGAUAAGUUUGCAGCUUUUGGUCAUCGGGAUUUUCGUGACGGCGUGUGCGGCGUACAGCGGGGACGAAGGAUCCGCGGAUUAUUUCCGCGGUCAUGACCCGCGGGGCGGAGACGGUAAACAGUUGCCGGUGAUACUGAUGCACAAACAAGCGCUGCAGGAGGACGGCGGGUUUCAGUACGCUUUCGCGGCCGACAACGGUCUUCGGCAAGGCGAAUCGAUCCGACCAGACGGAAGCCGGACCGGAGCUUACUCGUACACGGACCCCGACGGUAAAGAAAUCUCCGUCAAGUAUACAGCUGGAAAAGACGGUUUCCGCAUAAUACAGGGCGACCAUGUGCCCAAAGCCCCCGUGUCCGUGGUACCAUUACAACAGCAAUCGUCGGCGCCAGCUUACGUUCCAUCGCCGCCUUCCGGCCGUUCAUUGGCUAAGAACAGAUUGUUUGGUGCCCCCGGUGGACCUGGUUCUCAAUUUAGCAGAGGCGAUUUCAAUAACGCAGGUAGAUUUGAUCACAAUAGUGGAGAAGCUUUUGGUGCACCAUCGCCAUAUAAAUCAAAAUAUUCGAAGCCUCAGCAACACUACAGAGUGCGCGAAGACAAUAGUGCCGAAUUAGCGGCUAGGUAUGAUGACGACGGGUCUUCUGCAUUCGACGGUGCCGGAGAUUAUAGCAGUCACAGCCCGUUCCGGGCACCUUCGUCACCGGUACAUGCAGCCUACAGUGGUGCCAGUGAUAACUCCCAAAAAGAUGAUGGCAGUUUCAAUAGCAACGAGCGACAACCGCAUUCGUUCGGUAGUGGUUAUGCAUUCGAAUUUGGCGGUGGUAACAAUAACGGUGGAGCAUCACCAGAAUACUAAACACAUUGUAUUUUCGUGUUCCUCUCGAACUUUGGUUGGUAAUUCAUGUAUAACCAUAGUUUCAGCAGUAAUUUUAAAAAUAAUUGUUUUGUUGAUAAUUAUUUAUAUUCUGUAGGAGAUUGUUAUAAGAUAUAUUGUGUAUAU